CCAUCAAAAUCCGUUUUGAGAGAUUGCGGUACAAUGGAGAUUGAAACAAAAGUAACAUCGAUUGAUACCAUCAAACCAUCUUCCCCAACCCCAAUAUCUCUCCAAAAACACCACCUUUCCUUUCUUGAUCAAAUGUUUGCACCCAUCUUGAUGCCCAUUGUCUACUUCUACUCAUCAAACCCCAAAAUCUCCAAAUCCCAAUUUUCAAACCACCUCAAAACAUCCCUUUCCAAAACCCUCUCCAUCUACUACCCCCUAGCUGGCCGCCUCGUCGGCAACCUCUACGUCGACUGCAACGACGCCGGCGUCCCCUUCGCUGAAGCCGAAGCCAACUGCACCCUCUCUCAAGCCGUCACCAAUCCAAACCCCCAAAACACCUACAAAUUCGCAAUCCCCCCAAAAACCCUAGGCCUUUGCAUGGCCGUUCAAGCCACCUACUUCCGCUGCGGCGGCGUCGCCGUCGCAAUCUCGAUGUCUCACAAGGUGGGAGACGCCUUAUCCGCCUUCAUGUUAGCCAAGGCCUGGUCCUCCUCCUCCUCCACCGACAGCGCAACGCCGCUGCCAAAGUUCGAGGCGGCCACCUAUUUCCCGCCACAGAAUAUUCCCGUGGACGUGACCGCCUCGGCACUGACGAAAGAAGAGCACGUCGUGAGAAUCUUCACUUUCCCGGAGUCGGAGAUCGCCGCUCUUCGGGAAAGGUACUCAGACGGCGGAGGGCGGAGGCCGAGCCGGUCCGAGGCCUUAACGGCUUUUAUAUGGACCCGGUUCAUAACGGCCACGGGCGUGAGAUCGGACCCGCUUAAAACAUGCGCGUUGACGCAUAUAGUAAACCUACGGGGCCGGGUCGACCCGCCGAUGUCUGAAUAUAGCUUCGGGAACAUAUUAGGGGUGUCGAGGGCGAAUCCGGGGGCGGGAGACGACGGCGCUGAGCUUGUCCGGAAAAUGCGGGAAGCCGUGAAGGCCGUCGACGGCGGGGGUAGGAAUUUCAUGGAAGAGAAUGCGGAUUUGAUUGGUAACGAGGUGGUUUCGUUGGGUUUUUCGAGUUUGGUUGGGUUUCCGGGUUAUGAGGUGGAUUUCGGGUUGGGAAAACCGGUUUGGAUCGGACUGGGCUGGAUACCCUUCAUGAAUACGGUUUAUUUCAUGGAUUCCAAGUGUGGUGGAAAUGGAAUUGAGACGAUUAUCAUAUUGAAAAAACAUGAUAUGGACAAAUUGCAAGCCUCACUAGUGAUUAGUACUAGUAAACUGUAAUCAAAAUGUGUAUAUUAUAGUAUU